GUAAUAUUUAUAUUAGGACAAUAAAUAAUUUUGUUUUAAUCUUAAAUAAAAUUCUUAAUUAUGAGAUAAAUUAAAUAAUAAAAAAAUCAAGUGGUAUUGUUUUUAAAGAUAUAUUAACAAAAUGGCGACGUCCAAUGUCAAAUUAGAAAAAUGUGAAGUGUGUAGUGCAAAUAAAGCAAAAUAUACUUGUCCAAAAUGUGAGGUUAGAACAUGCUGUCUUUUAUGUGUAAAUAUUCAUAAAAAAGAACUCGAAUGCGAUGGAAUUCGAGACAGAAUAAAGUUUAAACCAUUAUCUUCGUUUACUGAUUUAGAUCUCUUAAAUGAUUAUCGACUGCUUGAAGAAGUUGGUAGAUCUGUUGAUAAAUUUAAAAAGAAUCCACUAAAAAAAUGCACACGAAACAUUGAUUUACCUGUGCAUUUAAACAGACUAAGGACAGGUGCUUAUAACAGGAAAGUUAAUUUCUAUUUUAUGCCACAACAUUUUACUAAACAUAAAAGGAAUACAACAUUUUUAAAAUGGAAAACGAAUGAACUAUUUUGGAGAAUAGAAUGGUUAUUUCCACAAGCAGAUAACAUAAUACAGGUCACAGAAAGAGCCUUGGAAACAGUUCGUUUGUCAGUUCUCUUAGAGCAAGUUUUAUAUCCUCUUAAAGCGAUGGAGGAGAAAAGUGAUAUGGAAAAUCUGAAUUUAAAAUUAAGUUUAAAUGAUAAAUUACAAUUUUAUCAAGCUGCUGAUAUAAAUGGAUUAAAAGUUCUUUUUAAAACUGAGAAGAUAACAAAGUCUAAUAUGAGAUUUCACGAAUUAGAUAUUACACUUACACUGAAGGAAAAUUUAGAAAAUAAAACUAUAAUAGAAUUUCCAACAUUGCAUGUAGUUUUAAAAGAUCAUGUAGAUAUGUAUGAAAUUAUAGAUACAGAUGAUGAAGAAAUUUAUCCUAAAAAAAACUUUGAACAAAAAAGAAGAUGGUCAUAUAAAGACAAAGGAGAAAUACAAGACAUAAAUAAACCUGUAAAUUAUUUUUUUAAUACUACUUCUAUAGAAUCUGAUGACGAAGAUAUUGCAAGUAAUAUCAAACAAAAUACAGAAGAUAAAAGCAGAAAGUGUGGUUUUAAUAUACCUAAUUACGAUGAAUUGAUUAAAACAAAUAUAAUAUAAUAUUAACAUUCUAGAAAUAAUUUUUAUAAUAAAAGAAAAAAAGAAAAAUAAUAAAGAAGAUCUAUUAAUUUGAA